AUGCCCCUUUUCUCAAAUUAGUGUCUUUUACAGCAGAGGAGGUCAUAUUCGUAAAUUCACUGGCAGAGUCUGGAAGCAUUUCCUGCACCUGAGAAACAAGAGCAACGAACUUGUUUUCCGAACUUGAAGGAAAUGGCAAGCGCUCUCUUGUCAUCUCCUUGUUUUCUCUCUCCAAAACAUAAAGAACUUGGUGGGUUUGUUAGCAGCUUCAGGAGUCUUGGUAAUGGCAAUCUGUUACAUGAUCAUAGUUUGCUGAGGAAAAAGUAUGGUGGCUCACUUGUGGUGACCUCAGUGUCUGGAAGGAAAGUCAAGACCACCAGAGAGACUGUGAUACCUGAGCCAGAUUACCGGAUUCCAAUUGUGCUACUUGGUCUAUCUGGUGGAUUAGCUUAUACAAACAAUCUUUUACCAGCUGCGCCUGUUGGUCUCCUUGGAUUACUCUUAUUGUUUCAGACUACUAGAGUUAGAUUUGUCUUCGAUGAGGAGGCUCUGGAAGUAAAAGUAGGGGAGGAGCUUGAGAAUUCGGGUGAGAAUGUCUUCGUGGGUGGUAAAAACCGUUGGAAAUACUCAUCAUUUGUGAACUGGGAGCUUUGGUGGCCAAAUUUUCCCAUUCUGGUAUAUUUCAAAGAGACUCAAACAAAGCCAGAAGGACAAGUCCACUUCUUUCCUGUGAUAUUUAAUGGGAAGCAACUGUAUGAUAUCAUGGUGGAGAGAGCUGGCCCUUCCCAAACCAGUGGGCCAAAAUAAUCUUCAUGGCUGGAGCAUUGCGGUUACAGCUGCUGAAUUGUGGUUCUGAUAGGAAAGACACUACCCUUUUGAGGCAUGCACAUAUCAGUAACUAGAAUGCUAUUUGCAUUGAUAGGGUUCAACAAUUGGGGUUCUAUAUUCUGGAAUUCACAUGUUUACGGUUCCUUCAUGCAGGUGACAGCAUGCUUUUUUCGUCAACUCAAAUUUAGCAUACCUUACUCCUGUGACAGUCACCAGCUCAUACUUUACCCGUAUUCUUUUGAAUAUUCAGUUCUAUAAGAUACCUGUAUAUGAU